AUGUUUCCAGUCUUAUUAUGCUCACCCGGUUCUCUGGUCGCAACUCCUCCAGCAUUGAUUCGCUACUUAGCCUCUCUCAGCCUCAUCGAAGGUCGGGCUUUGCCAGCGCAACAAACGCCCUUUUGCCCCUACAAGCCGAGCAGGGCGCUCGUUCGCGUCAAAAUGGAUAGCACUACAGCCGAUUGGAACAACUUUCUCGGCUCUGGGGUCUACUCCGAAAUCGUCUCGACCGACUUCGGCUUGCAGGGCUGUGAGGCUGGGUAG